CCCGUCCCCAUGGAUCUCCUGGGAGCAGGGACCCUCUUCCUGGCCCUCUCCCUGGCCGGCCUCCUGCUCCUCUCCUCUUGGCAGCAAAUGCGCCGAAGGGGCAGGAUGCCCCCUGGACCCACGCCCCUCCCCCUGAUUGGGAACCUGCUCUGGAUAGAUCGAAACAACCUGCCCAAUUCACUCAUCAAGCUGAGCAAAAAGUUUGGGGAAGUCUUCACGAUCCAGCUGGGUCCCCGUCGCAUCGUGGUGCUCUGCGGCUUUGAGGCCAUAAAGGAGGCCCUGGUGGACCAGGGGAACGAGUUUCGGGACCGGGGCCAACAGGCCAGCUUUGACUGGAUCUUCCAAGGCCACGGAGUCGCCUUCAGCAAUGGGAAAAAACCCAUACAUCUGCGACGGUUCUCCAUCACAACCCUGCGCAAUUUUGGGGUGGGAAAGAGAUCCGUCGAAGAGCGGAUCCUGGAGGAAGCCCACUUCCUGCUGGAAGCCCUGAGGGGCACAAAAGGAGCCCCCUUUGACCCCACCUACUUCCUGAGCCGCUCCGUGUCCAACGUCAUCAGCUCCAUCGCCUUUGGCAACCGCUUUGACUACGAAGACCAGGAGUUCCUCUCUUUGCUGACCGCAGUGACAGAAGUCUUUCGCUUCAGCUCCUCAGCCCGGGGACAGCUCUUGGACAUCUUCUUUGAAAUUGUGCAACGCCUCCCUGGCUCACAGCAAAAGAUUUUGAAGAGGUUUUCGGAACUGAAGGAAUUUGUGGUCAAGAAGGCAAAAGCCCACCAGGAGACCCUGGACCCCAACUCCCCACGGGAUUUCAUUGACUGCUUCCUGGUGAAAAUGCUGCAGGAAGAAAAAAACCCUGACUCUUUCUUCUCCAUGGAGGAACUGGUCGCAACCACACUUAACAUCUUCUUUGGUGGUACCGAAACGGUCAGCACCACCUUGCGUUAUGGAUUCCUGAUCCUGCUGAGGUACCCAGAGGUGGAAGAGAAGAUCCACGAGGAGAUUGACCGCGUCAUUGGUGUCAAUAGGACUCCCACCAUGGAGGACCGGCUGCAGAUGCCCUACACAGAAGCUGUGAUUCAUGAGAUACAGAGAUUUGGGGACAUUCUCCCCCUGGCCCUGCCACGACGUGUCACCCAAGAUGUCCAGUUAAGAGGAUACACAAUUCCCAAGGGGACAGAGGUAUUCCCCAUGUUGGGAACAGCAUUGAGAGACCCCAAGCAUUUUGCAAGACCUGAGGAGUUUGACCCCCAACACUUCCUGGAUGAGAAGGGGCAGUUCAAGAAGAAGGAGGCUUUCAUACCCUUCUGCAUUGGAAAGCGCUACUGUUUUGGGGAACAUCUGGCCCGUGCUGAGCUCUUCCUCUUCCUCACCAGCAUCCUGCAGCAUUUCCGCUUCAAAUCAGCUGUGACCCCUGAAGACAUCGACCUCUCCCCAAUGUUGGUGGGGUUUGGCACUAUCCCACAGAUCUAUGAGGUCUCAGUCGUCCCCCGCUGAGUGGGGGGCCCUCUGGAGCAUUUGCGACGUUCCUUUCUGCCUCUGCUCCCUCCCUGCCGAUUCCUUCUGGCUGCAGGAGGUGCCCUCUAAGGACAUGCCUCUCCUGCUGAGGGCACCGCAGCCGCCUCUCCAUCUGCAGAGAGCCUGGCACCUACGGGCACCCCCUCCCUUGCAUUGCACUGCGGCUCCUGCUCCUGUACCCCAACCUCUGUGCCUCCGUGGUCCCUGGUCUCCCUCCUUCUCAGACAGUCUAGUUCGAUCCUGCCUCUCUCCUUUGAAGUUCCCAACUCAGGCGGGUUUCUGUUUCGUAAAAUCUCCUCUGUAUGUUGGCCUGUUCUGUAUACGAAUAAACAUUCUUUGCAGAAGGGGCCCCCACUCCCAGGGACCCCCAGGCAGAUGAGGAGCCCUGCAGAGAUCUGUGCCGGCCCUGAGGAGGAUGUCUGCCUUUCCCUCGGAAAGAAGGGGGUCCCCUGUAGGAAGGAAAUCCAAUCCCCCUCCCCAGUUUCCUCCCACUCCUCAUCAACCAGCCUUUCAUCCAGUUUCAGGCAAAAGGGGAGAAAUUGCACUGGAAUGGAUUUAAUGGCAAAGUGGCAUUAAAGAUGGCAAAGGGCAUCACCCUCCUCAACUGCAGGAAAUCUCUCCUUAGGCUGUCAGAGCGCUGCCUGUGUCACAAUGCAAAAGCUCCAAGCCCAGCAGGGAGCCUGACUGCUGGGCCAGCCGGCUUAUUGCGCUUCCCAGGAAUCCCCAGAGCUGGGCUCUCUUCAUGCCCCUUCAGGGACCAGCGGGAGAGCCGUUUUCUUACAGAAACUCUGCGGGGAAAUUGACUGGUGGCCACCUCCAAACGGCUGGUUUUGUACUCUGUGUUUUGCUUGUACUCUGCCUUCCGGAAUAAACUUCGCUUCUGCUACAA